CUUCCAAGGCACGCUAGGAGGUGGCAGCAGUGACUGCCUCUGCCCCCUCGCCGACUAACGGAGAGCCUCAGCACCGCUUCCUCUAGAGUUCCCAGACCAGGAGAUUGAUGCCGCGGUUCUCCAGGAGCCCCGGGGAUCCGUGUAACCCGCCUCAGGAUGCCAGACCCAGGAGGGCGGCCCAGCGAGGCCGGAACACCUGCAGGAUGGCGGGGGACGCCGUGUCAAACACACGUGAUUCCAUUGUGCUGCCCAUCCGCAUCAGUACCCCGGCCCCGAACCUGGCCCAGUGCGUGCUGGCGUGUAUAUCCUGGAUCACCUGUCUGGCCUGCUUCCUGAGGACUCAGGCUCACCACAUCCUGUUCAACAACUGCAGAUGCAGGCUGCUCUUCCAGAAGCUCAUGGAAAAGACAGGUGUUCUCAUCCUCUGUGCUUUUGCAUUCUGGAUGUUUUCUAUGCACGUACCAUCUAAAAUGGAAGUCUGGCAGGACGACAGCAUAAAUAGUCCACUGCAGAGCUUGCGAAUGUACCAGGAGAAGGUGCGGCAUCACACUGGGGAAAUCCAGGACCUCCGAGGUAACAUGACCCAACUCAUUGCCAAGCUCCAGUUGAUGGAAGCCAUGUCAGAUGAGCAAAAAAUGGCCCAGAAAAUCAUGAAGAUGAUACAAGGAGAUUAUAUUGAAAAGCCAGACUUUGCCCUAAAGUCUAUAGGGGCCUCUAUCGACUUUGAGCAAACGUCCAGCACAUACAACUACGACAAGGCUCGCUCCUGCUGGAACUGGAUCCGGCUCUGGAACUACGCGCAGCCCCCCGACGUGAUCCUUGAGCCCAAUGUGACACCUGGCAAUUGCUGGGCCUUCUCCGGUGACCGAGGCCAGGUGACCAUCCGAAUGGCCCAGAAGGUCUACCUGUCCAACCUGACGCUGCAGCAUAUCCCCAAGACCAUCUCGCUGUCGGGCAACCUGGACACCGCCCCCAAGGACUUCGUCAUUUAUGGCAUGGAAGGCUCUCCCAAGGAGGAGGUGUUCCUGGGGGCAUUUCAGUUUCAGCCGGAAAACAUCAUUCAGAUGUUCCCACUCCAGAAUCAGCCUGUCCGAGCAUUUGGUGCCGUCAAGGUGAAGAUAUCGAGCAACUGGGGGAACCCACGGUUCACCUGCCUGUACCGAGUGCGCGUGCACGGUUCUGUGACCCCACCCGCCAGAGAGCAGGCGGAUCAGAGCCCCUACCCGGAGAGAGAUUAAAGUUUAUUCUUCACAGUCCA